AUGAGCGCCGGUAAUAGCCAGCGGAAAGGCCGGUUUGGAAAGGGACGAUUCUCAUCACUCUUCUUGGGAAGAGAUAAAGGGGAAACUGACAAGAGUCGCAACUAUUCAAAUGAAUCCUUUAUUGAAGAGGACAGAUCUGUCACAGUCAGGUCUGGAUCUUUGAUUGAACACGACGGAGAAAAUAGAAAACUCCCCGAAGCCGACCCUGACCCUUGGAUUGAGGCGUACGAAAAGUUGCGAAACGACGAGAAAGAAGAAAAGCUCGUCAAUGCGUACGAAAAGAUACUCACUAACCGCGCUAAUGCGACCAUAUCGGGCACUCGAUAUGCCGAGGAUGAUAUCCAGGCGGAUGCUCCCAACCAAUUCGAAGGCCUAACUGAGGCCGACAGGGUCGAUAUGAUGAAGGCUACUCUAAGUCCGGUGUUGGAAAAAGCCAGGCAAGAGAAAACUUGGAAAAAUGUUGCCCUAUAUGCCGACGCACUCAUCGCAAAUGUUGGUAAAGGGGUUGGAGAUGCUCUGCAAGCCCAUCCACCGGCGGCCAUGGCCUGGUCAGGCAUCUGCCUCUUGCUUCCGAUCAUUGUGAAACCAAUUAAGGAAGAAGGAAAAGUGACUGAGGGGCUAGAAUAUGUAAUGAACCGCAUGGAAUGGUACAUCCCACUGACCAAAGUGGUCUUGCAGCGGGAGUGGCCAGAUAAUGUCGCCCUUCAACAGCACCGAAGCAGCCUCAGAGACAAUGUCAUCACCCUGUUCACAUCUCUUUUAAAAUUUGAAAUGGAAUGUGCUUGCCGGGCUUACAGCACACAUCCAGUCGUCCGCGUCCUUGGAGACAUUGUUAGCCUGAGCGGCUGGGGAGACAAGCUAGAGGAUAUCAAAAAGCACGGAGAAGCAAUUGAAAAGGAUCUCCAGAGUUAUGGAAUAAACACAUUGACGGAGUAUUCCUUACAAACAGCGUCAAACACCAAGGAUAUCCUGGCUGAAGUCAAGAAAUUUAACGAAGCUGCCACUAGAGCUGAAACAACGAGGGCUGCUGAGAGGAGAGACGAUCUGGUAGGGCUCGUUUCGCGAUUCGGAGCCACCACGUACCGCGACCAAAUGGAAUUCAACCCUCAAAGGCACCCAGGUACUUGUGAGUGGUUUUGCAGACACCCAAAGUAUACAUCGUGGCUAAAUUCCACCAAAAACGAAUUGCUUCUCGUCACGGCCGAACCAGGCUGCGGCAAGUCGGUACUGGCCCGAUUCUUGGUCGAAACAGAGUUGCCGUCUCAGCGAGAAGACGCAGUUAUUGGAUACUUCUUCUUCAAAGAUAAUUCGGUGCAAAACAAUUUGAUAAACGCACUGAGCGCCAUUCUUCAUCAGCUCCUCAAUCUCUGCCCAGAUGUUCUCGAUACUCUAGGGACAAAGAUCAAGAAGUUGUCGCCCGAGUUGCUAAAAGACUGUGGCCAUUUAUGGGGGCUUAUCGAGGACGCUUGCGAGAACCUCUCAGAGAGAACUGUAUUUUGCGUUUUCGACGCAUUUGAUGAGUGUAAUAGCGACGGCCGUGAAAGACUGGUGCGUUUGCUCGCCUCUCAUCAGUUUAGCAAGAGGCGUAUACGAUUCUUAAUUACAAGCCGGGGCUAUCCAGCAAUUGUAGGCUCGUUCCGAUCUAUUGCUGAGAAUCUUGUGCGUCUAGAAGGGGAAGAGAAGAGUGAGAAAGAUCAGUUGCAGAAUGAGAUCGACAUUGUUUUCCGCCACCGCGUUGAGAGUCUGAUUGAAGACAGAAGGCUAGGCCAAAGGGUAUCUAAGCUGCUUUAUGAACGACUUCACACGAAGGGAAAAGGGCAGCGGACAUAUCUCUGGGUUCGUCUCGUCUUCAAAUUCCUAGACAACAAUUAUCCACUGAAUCUGGAUGGGUGGAGAGACCUUUUGGGUCAGCUCCCCGAGGAUGUUCCUGGAGCUUACGAAAAACUGUUAUCCAACGUCAGCAGUACCGAUCGCAGGCAUGUCGAGACACUUUUGCGUCUCAUCUAUGUCGCUAAGGAGCCUCUGAGUAUGAGUGCAGCAAACGUAGCUGUUAAUAUUCGCGGCAAAUACUCGCUAGACUCUUUAGAAGAUCUUGGUUUAUCAGAUGAAAACGCUUUUAAGGAAUGGGUCAUUAACACAUGCGGAUUUUUCAUUACCGAUUAUGAUGGCAAACUAUUCUUUAUACACCAAACGGCGAAAGAGUUCCUUUCACCGGUAAUGCAGACCUCAGUGGACAGGAACACCGACGAAAAUAAAAAAGGCUUCUCGUUUCAGACGAUAUCUUCAAGCACUGAGCUUUUACCAAAGAACGCUGUUAAAUGGAGAGGUUCAAUAAACACCGAGGAAGAGGCUCAUUUCGUAAUGACUGAAUGCUGCUUAGCCAACCUAUCGAUAUACAGGCAACGCCCAGAAACAAAGGAACUUGAAGAGCUCAUUGAAGAUGCAUGGGAGCAUGAUCAAACAGUAUAUGACGAUGGUAUAAGGGAAUUCAGACGCCGAUUGGGCAUUUCCGACGAUUUCUUUGAUUACAGCUCAAAGUAUUGGUCGAACCAUUUCCGAGCAGCAAAACUUCACCUUGUAGAUAUGUCCGCAGAUGGUGUGGAGAUUGGGGAUACUCAUGGAAUCGCAAAGCAGUCAUUAUUUCAAGCGUACCGAUUAAUAAUGACAUAUCCUACACGUUCCGCAUGGUUGUUGUCACCUGAUGUGAUGGCAGAAAUUAAAUUCCUCAUGAAGCGACACCGUUCCGGACGUCUCCUAACGAAAGAAGACUCUCUUUACAUUGGGAGAUUUGGCAAGGGUUCGAAUGACUUGGAAGUCUGGCCUUCAACAACUCUCUUCUCUGUCCGAUGUUCACCAAUCGUUUUCGCCUGCCUUCUAGGCUUCCCUUUGUUCAUACAAGAAUGGCUUUCAGACAACGCCCAGAAAAACGCAGCGCAAGUUCUUGAACAUAAAUACCGCGCGUACAGUAGUGAGGCUGAGACACAACUUGCCCUGGCGAACGCAAUUGUCUCAAAUUUUGGAACUAACCGAGAGAGAGAAUGCUGUAUCUCUGAAAUUCUAAGCUACGAGGCGAAAUUCGCACUCGAUAACUUCUCCAGGCUUGAGCGUCUUCUUAGGUUUGGGGAUGAGAUACUCGACGCGUUAUCUGGAUAUGUCGACGAAGUUGGAAUGAGGAUACUGGCUCGUGGCCAGUUGAAGAAGUUUAAGGCAAUGACAAGGCCUGAAGACAAGCUUGACGAGGAGUGUGUAAAGAGAAAGCCUAGAAGAGCGGAAACUACUUGA